AUGGAGACUCAACGAGAGCCUUUGGCGAAUUUUCCGCCGAGCCCUGAUGAGAUCUCCGACGCUACGGACGAUGACCUGUCCCCCUCGCUCACCGCGGGUCCUCAGCAUGCCCCAGUCCCGUCGCUACGACCUGGCCGCGACAUGAUGGCGGGGAUGACCGCCUCAUCGACUCCUCUGGGACAGCUCAAUAUCGCUCGGAAUGGUCCUGUCAUCUCGCCGCGGCCUGUGGCCUCCAUGAGUGCCCAGGGAGGUGGCGGGUUGAACCAGGACAUCAUGGCCAAAAUGAAGGCCUUUUCGCUCUCCCGACAAGGCAUGCCUCCGAACUUAGGCCAUUCCAUCUCUACGGGAACCAUUCCCACUACGUCAAAGGGCCCGUUGGCUGCCACGGCGAGUCCGCUGGCCAACUCGAGCCAUCCGAACACGAUAUCGGCCGCCGCCGGCGGUGCCCUGGCGGGAGGAGCUUUGGUCGGGCGCCUGCCUCCGGGCGCGCGCCCCAACAACAAGAACUGGGUCUCUGCGCCGAGCAUACCGGGGUCCAGUCCGGCCACUGCCCGCGGCUCGCCUGCUCCGGGAGGCGGAUUGGCCGCCAAACGGAAACUGGGCUUGCGGCUGUCGGAUGUGUCGGGGCCCUCGGCUGCCUCGCCGGGGGGCUCAGGGUCGACGGAUGGGUCGGCAGCCCCCAAGGAGACGGCGUUCACCAAGUACGCCGAGUUCAUCGACACCCAGACCGGCACGCUGAACUUCAAGAACAAGGCAAUCCUGCACUCGACUGGCGUUGAGUUUUCCUCCGGCCAUAGCUUCAAGAUCUCCCUGGACGAGGUUGACCGGUUGGAUGAGCUAGGCAAGGGCAACUACGGCACGGUCUACAAGGUCCGACAUAGCCGUCCACAUCUGCGCAAGCCUGGUCUUGGCCUGAGUGGAAUAGUCAGCCGCCCAGCAGAUGAUCUAAAUGGAACCCAGUCAUCGCCUAGGCUACGACCGCAGGACAACGGCAACCUGUCCGGGGUGAUCAUGGCCAUGAAGGAGAUCCGUCUGGAGCUCGACGAGAACAAGUUCGCACAAAUCAUCAUGGAGCUCGAGGUCCUGCACCGGUGCCUGUCGCCAUUUAUCAUCGACUUCUACGGCGCCUUCUUCCAGGAGGGUGCGGUAUACAUGUGCGUCGAGUACAUGGACGGUGGCUCCAUUGACAAGCUCUAUGAAGACGGUAUCCCCGAGCCCAUCCUGCGCAAGAUCGCCCUAUCAACGGUGAUGGGCCUCAAGACCCUCAAGGACGAUCACAACAUCAUCCACCGCGAUGUGAAACCGACCAACAUCCUCGCCAAUACCCGUGGUCAGAUCAAGAUCUGUGACUUUGGUGUCAGUGGCAACCUCGUCGCUAGCAUCGCCAAGACAAAUAUCGGCUGCCAGAGCUACAUGGCCCCCGAGCGCAUCUCCGCCGGCGGCGUCCAGGCAGCCGGUGCGGGUGGUGGCGGCGGCACGUAUAGCGUCCAGAGCGACGUCUGGAGUUUGGGCUUAACCAUCAUCGAAUGUGCCAUGGGGCGGUACCCCUACCCUCCGGAGACAUACAACAACAUCUUCAGCCAGCUACAUGAAAUUGUGCACGGCGACCCCCCCACACUCCCCGAGACCGGGUAUUCUGAGGAUGCCCAUGCCUUCGUCCGCGCGUGUUUAGACAAGAACCCCAAGAAUCGCCCCUCGUACGCGAUGCUCCUGCGCCACCCCUGGCUGUCUCCGCUGCUGCAGCCUCCCCAGGCGCCCACCCCCGACGACGCACCCUCCUCUACGGAGACGGAGGACAAAGAGGUGGCGACCUGGGUGAAGGACAGGCUGGCCAAGCGCCAGGGCGGUCUCCAGCCCGAUGUCGAGAAACCGGCUCUGCAUAAACCACAGGAAGUCCCGGAAUGGGUGCAUUUCCUGCAAAAAGAGACAUGUCAAGUGCGACGAACAGCAGCCUGUCUGUUCGCUCUGCCAGAGACAGGAGAUUUCAUGUGUCUAUCCACGGAGGGCCGCGAGUCAACGGGACUCGGCGUCUCCGGGUUCGCCAAGCUCACUGACUGGCAAGAAGGAGCCUGCGGCCAUCGCUUCCAGGAUAAUGUCAUCCCCCGCAUCGCCACGUCCCAUGAGUACGUGAUGGAUGGCCUGUUGGCAUUUGCCGCUCUCCACAUGGCGUUGACGGAUGCCCCAAACCGCCAAGAGUAUAUACACGCCGCUCUACAGUACCAGGCCCGCGCUGUGUCGGGGCUCAGUGCGGCGCUGUCGCAGACGAUGGACCUCGAGGAGCCCGAUGCGGCUUUUGUUUGCUCUCUUCUUAUCCUGGUCUUCGCCACCGCAUACCCCGAGGUCUCGCUGGAUAGGGAUUACCCCGUUGAUCCGUUGGCCGAGGUCCUCGAGACCCGCAGGCUCAUGACCGGCUGUGCCUUCUUUUUUAUUCAAAUGAACGGGACCACGGAGGCGGCGGAAUUGAAACGCUGGUUGAAUAUAUGUCUGAGCCGGGACAACGUCAUUGUCACCCUAUCCGAGCCGUCUCGCGUUCUAAUGUCUACGGCAAGCUUGGACGAUACCCCGGAGCUCAACAAGCUGCAUCGUGGGAUGAAGCCGAAAAUUGCCCUUUUCCAGACCAUACUUGAUAAGAGGCUUCGCCCGCACCAAGAGGUCUGCCGGGAUGCUUUUCAAAACCUGCGACGAGGCAUCGAGCCCUGGCCGAUGCAAGACACCCACGGCGGUGUCAUAUCAUGGCCUGCGCAACUGACCGAGGAGUUUGUGUCGUUAGCCAAAAAUGGGGAUAGUUUAGCACGCAUGGUCUUGCUCUUCUAUGGCCUGUCAAUGCAUCUAUUUUCCAACCGGUGGUUCGCGCAGGGCACCGGCAGUCGCCUAAUUUUAGGCCUCUGCCCCAUGUUCAACAGUGAUGAUGAGUAUCCGGAGCUCGCCGACAUCGCCGCCUGGGCAAGAAAGAUGAUCGAUGAUCAUUAG